AUGGCCGGCUCCGCCCCCUCGGUCGCGUCGAAGCGGCUGUUCCACGAGUACAAGGCGCUGUCGUCGGACCCGCCGGAGGGUAUCACGGCGGGCCCCGUGAGCGAGGACGACAUGUUCGUGUGGGAGGCGCUGAUCCAAGGGCCCGAGGGCACGCCCUUCGACGGCGGCAUCUUCCCCGCCGAGCUCAAGUUCCCCAAGGACUACCCGCUGGCGCCGCCCACGAUGCGGUUCCUGUGCGACAUGUGGCAUCCGAACGUGUAUCCUAACGGCACCGUUUGCAUCUCGAUCUUGCACCCGCCGGGCGACGACCCGAACCACUACGAGCACGCGUCGGAGCGGUGGAGUCCCAUCCAGAGCGUCGAGAAGAUCCUCAUCUCGGUCAUGAGCAUGCUGGCCGAGCCGAACGACGAGAGUCCGGCAAACGUGGACGCGGCGCGGAUGUGGAGAGAGAAGAGGGGCGAGUAUGAGAGGAUCGUGAAGGAUAAUGUCAGGAAGGGUUUGGGAUUGUAA